AAGCAAGUGUUCAUUUUUCUGACUUCUUUUGUUUACUCUUGCUACUUAACCUUUGACGUGGUAAGUUAGGGGUCAUUGUCAUAUACAUCUACACGUGUUUCUAGGCCGUUUGGACGAGGAUGACUCAUAAUAAAUGAACUCCCAUCCAAACUAGUUGUUUUCGCUCUACAUAGUUAAUUGUUACAAGGCCCGGGUGUGCUAGCCGCUCUAGUGUCUGGUAUAUAGUGGACUUGGGCGCGUCCACGUUACAGGAAGGGGUGGAACAGCAGCUGUCAUGGCAUUGGUUGAACGACAGAGAUCCAGAUGUUCGACACCGGUGUGUGGUAUGAACAGCGUUUCACCAACAGGGAGCACACUGUGAGAUUGUUAUCGGUUGAAAAAGUGUUUUAAUUCUGUGUCAGACAAAGAUUUGACAGUAUACUAAAGACAAAAAGAUGAACCAAUGAUAAAUGCACCUGUUAAUAUAUACACAUCACAAGAAAUCCCUGAUCAAAGCAAAAUUACUUCCAUGACAUCUUCAGAGGAAGAGCCCGUCUCCAAACCGAUCACACUGGAUGCAUCGACGCUCAAGAAGGGGUUGCUAUGGCAACAGAGAGACAAGUUCUUCAGUCGGUGGAAAGAACGUUAUUUUGUACUCACUCGCGAUUAUCUAGCGUGCUUUAAAAAAGGAGCGAAGGUUGGAAUGUCAGAAAUGGGCAGCUUUUUGUACAAGAUUAAUUUAGUGGACAUAGAAGGACUACAGUGGGCUGACAAGAAGCGCGAAGGUGUGAUUGCCGUGCGCCUUGGUCAAGAAGGUCAGUUGCUGCUUUGGUCACCAACAACACUCGAUGAUUGGAUGUUUGCUCUACAGGAAGCUAUUGGCUCUAGCAAGGGACGGCGGGAAGUUCUCAGAAAAUCUCAGAGUUUGACGCCUCAGAUAACUGAUAGAAAGCUUACUCGCAGCCAGUUGUUGAUACUGAAACAUAAUCUUUACGAUGGUGUGACGUCACCCUCUCUGCUUUACCGAAAUCGAAUCUCAGAACAUCGAGAAAAUGGGAAUAUGCGGCCAACUUCAGAAAGGCAGUCAACACCACAUCUUGCAAGAAGACCGCAAAGGAUUUCGGUGACGACUGACAUCGAAUUACCUGAUGAUCUCAAUACUAGUCUUUCUUUUGAUUCCGGAGUCAGCACCCCCUGCCGAGCAGUUUUCUCACCUAGGCUUGCUCCACAGUGUUCUUCAGGCUCCUAUACAUCUUUAGUAUCUUACGUGAGAAAUCCAGCAGUUCGAUGUCACUUGGAGAAACCUUCGCCUCGUUCCUUGCAGGUUUCACCAGCACUUUCUCAGCGUUCAUUAUAUGCUCAACAUAUACUUUCAAUAACGACUGCAGAUACAACAAUGAAAAAUGGUGGAUCUGCUGCUGCUACCUCUGAAUUUUCAUACAUACGCUCUGAUGUACCAGUUUCUAGUCUUUCUACCAGAGGGAGCCUCGGUCAACUGUGCCAAACUUCAACAAAUAGUGAGAUAAAUAAUCAUGAAAGUUCGUUGUCAUGCUCAAAAAAUGUCCUUGCUCAGCUCGAAAGACUUCAUAUUUUAAGCCCACCAGGUGAAAACUGCCGACCUUCUAGCAUUUACGGACUCCCUUCCUUAACAUCAGAAAAAUCUGUGUUUUCAACCACGCCACCAGAUGUCGUGCCAGUUAUUCUUGACGGCCACCCUGGAUUGAAACAGCCUUAUAAGCGCUCAGCGCGCCAGUAUCAUCACACUAAAUCAGAUUCAUCAUUUCUUCUUAAUAAGCUGAGCUUCGGCUCUAAAGACUUAGGAAAUGAAACGUUGGAAUUGAUAUAGUUCUGUUAUAUCGACUGUGAUAAAAGAAGUGAUUUUGUGUUCCUAUCCUACCUUAGCAGUUUUCACAUGUUCUGUUUAAUAUUUUGUAAGGUAACCAUAAAAAGUUAAAACACUUUUUCAAAGUAUAGAUUUACAAAAAUGUGUGAAAAUGUACUUGCAUGUGUGUUAAAAUGACGUAGAUUAUCAUUCAGAAGUCAUUUACUUGCAUUUCUUUCAAUAAUAAUGAUAAUAACAACAUUAGAGGAGAGAUUAUGAAAUACAACUUCGUUAAAUGGAAAUAGUUGUAAAUUUUAGUUAAAAUUAUUUACUUUCUAUUAUGUGGUGCCAUCUUUCGGCUAUACUUGUAAAUUGAACAGCGCGAAUUUGUAUAAUGCACACAAUAACUUUUUCUUUUCCUGAAAAGCUAUUAUACGUUUUUAUAUCUUGGCGUUUAACUAGUUAGUUCGUAUUGAAAUUUGUUGGUCGUAAAAACUCCAAUCCUAAAAUAAAACUUGACUGUGCUGUUCUAAUCUUUUGAGGGACAUGACUUGAUGUUUCUACACAUCCCACGUUAUUUAAAAAUGUUUAACAAACUUCUUGAAAUGUUGAAGUAUUAGUGAGCAGGUGAGGUAUUCUGGGUAAUCUUAGUUGUGAAAAUAGGAUACCUUUUAUACCGAACUUGAGAUAACAACUUAUUUUGUUGUUGGUUUUUAAUAUCUUUUAUUGUUGCUUUUCAAAUAACGUGAAAGAACGUGCGGUGAAAAUAAUUAAUUCAGCGUUUUCAGAAAAAAAUUAUAUUCUCACUUAAAAUUAUCACGAGAAACUCUUAAAUACCAAUUAAAAACUUAAUAUUUAUUAGUCGCGCUGGACACAUUUUUUUGUUUUCAUUUCAAUUAAAAUGUUGAAACUCUUUUGAGAAGAAAAUAUCACGAUGUUUAUUGGCUACUGGGUACUUCUAUAUACGUAAUUUUUGUUGAAUGUAUGUUUGUACGAAAAGUUCUUAAAUUACAGCUGAUUUAUUAUAUAUUUUCGAAACUCAAAUAUUAAAUUUUCGUUUACGAGUGGAAAUCGUUAUUUGUUAUCCUAGUGGCAAACACACUAAUUACAUACUUUUGCUGUGUGUGAAACUAGUUUUGUCCAAGCCAUCUGUAGUCAGAACUUUUCAUGAUAAGGUUUCUAUUAGAUUAGUAUUGUUUACGAGAAUAAAUUAAUUACUGUCUCACGUUUGGCAUAAAUCUCAAAUAGGAAUUCGUUGACAAUUUUAUAAUUCUCAAAAGCUGUUUAUAAGUGGCGCUCUCUUCAACUUACUAUACUAUAUUAAAAUAAUGAACAUUCAAUGUAAAUCUAAAAAUGUACUUCAGUUUUUCGUUAUGAAAAUUAUCGAUUUAAAUUAAUUUGUAAUCUAAACGAACAGUUUUGUCUCGUACACUAACAGAUGGCGCAAGCUGUUUAAGAGAUGUAAAUUUCAGAAACUACGCGAAUAUUUUAGUAUUUACGUGAGCAUUUUUCUAUCUAUUUCAGUAACUGCAAAGUAUUUAAGUAUGUAUAAAUAUAAUAACCAUAUCCCAAGUACAAGGCUUACUAUUGACCUUAUUAGUCUUUUGUUAACUUUUCCUGUGUCAGUGAAUAUAACACAAACUUUAAACGCUCUGAAAUAUGUUGAGCUAAUCAUAUUCUUUCCUUUUUGCAUUUGUAUGAACUUCUAUUACAGUUAAUAAUAUUGUUUAUAUGUAGUCAAAAUUGAAUUAUUUAAAUUGAAAUUUCUGAUACAAAAUUUUAUUUCGUUUGCCUAUAUAUCUAUCUGUGAAAUUUAUUGUCCCAAUGAAUGAUUUCUUAGUUUUAUUAUCAACUGUCUCUCUAUUUAAGCUGUUUUUCUUUUAAUGUAAAUAUUUCUUGGUCACACGUUAUGUUUACUUUUUGAUAAUCUUCUUUUACAGCAUACAAUGAACCUACAAUUUUCUAUUAUCCCCAUUUGUAAGAAAACAGUUUGCCCCUGAAGAAGAAAGGUCCACCUUUCGAAAGCGCUCGGGUUAUAGAGUUUUUAUUCAUUUCUAUCAAGAUUUCUUGAACUUACGUGUUUUUCUAACAUCAUCAAUGAUACAGUGAAGAAGGGUAGGGCUGGACUAAGCACUUUAGGGAUCUUCAUAAAUAAGUAAAAUACAGUUCAGUACUAUUUAUUAAUUACAAUUUAAGCGAUACGUAAACACAAGCGAUGGGUAGAUAAUGUACAAUAUACUAAUUCUUAUAUUUAUAAUAAAUAUAAAGUAAUAACAACGAAAUGUUAUAUCAAAUAUAAAUCAAUAAUAACGAAUUUCUAUAAUGAUUACAAAGUACUGACAAGGAAUUUGUUUUGCUAAACAGUUAUUUGUGAAAAAACAAUCUAAUAAAAAAUUACAAAAUGAUAGGUUUAUAUGAGUAGGGUUUGAUUUUUCGACUUUUUGUAAACGUUAAUUUCUAAUAAAAUAAGAAUUUUACAUAUUAUUGAAAAAUAUAACUUAACUACUGAUGCAGUAAUCUAAGAAGCAUGACGAAUGGCAAAUAUUUAGCGUGAUUAAUUAUCUAAUAGAAGUGAUGUUAAAAACCAACAUGUUUUGAAGACAAGCAGUAUGGGUAAAAUGCUUUGAAGGAUUUUUUUUUUCAUCCAAAAAUUACUUCCUGUAAAAUAUUGCAUAUUAUCAACUAUGUGAAGCGAGUGCUAGGAAGACGUGUUUCUUCCUUUUAAAAAAUCAUUCAUUCAAAGUACAAAACCUUAAAAAUUUUUUUAUUAUGAACAGUGAUCUACAUCAACCACACAAAAUAAAUAGGUAGUUUAUUGUCAUAUAAAAGUUUGUUUUUAAACAUUUUAGAAUGCACAAUGAAAUGAAUGUAUACACAAUAAUAAACAAUUUAUGGAAGUGAUUUGCUCAUCAUUAUAAUUUUUUAAUUGAUUAAAAUCCUGUUUUUGUUUGCAAAUGAUUGAUUCUAAAGUAUUAAACGUUUUAUUGAUAAA